CUCAGCCUGCUGGUGAGCGAUGCUCCAGACCUGUCGGCUGGGGUCACCUGCCUCUUCGGAAACCUGACGGAGGUGGAAGGGCAGGUUUCGGGCAGCCGGGUUGUGUGUGUUUCACCAGCGGCAAAAGAUGUUCCUGCCAUACCUGUGGAUCAGGACUGGUUCGGCGUGGUGCUGCAGCUGAAGUCGCGGGAGACGAGGAGGACGUUUGUCAGCACGGAGUUCAAGUUCUACAACUGCAGUGCCCACCAGCUGUGCCUGUCUUGUGUGAACAGCGCUUUCCGCUGCCACUGGUGCAAGUACCGGAACCUCUGCACCCACGACCCCACCACGUGCUCCUUUCAGGAGGGACGGAUCAACGUCUCUGAGGACUGUCCCCAGCUCUUCCCCACAGAGGAGAUCCUGAUCCCAGUGGGAGAGGUGAAACCCAUCACGCUGAAGGCCAGAAACCUGCCCCAGCCCCAGUCUGGCCAGCGCGGGUACGAGUGCGUCCUCAGCAUCCAGGGCGUGAUCCACCGCGUGCCCGCCCUGCGCUUCAACAGCUCCAGCGUCCAGUGCCAGAACAGCUCGUACUUCUACGAUGGGAUGGACAUAAGCAACUUAGCAGUGGACUUUGCUGUGGUUUGGAACGGGAACUUUGUUAUUGACAACCCAGAGGACCUGAAAGUGCACCUCUACAAAUGCGCGGCCCAGCGCGAGAGCUGCGGGCUCUGCCUGAAAGCCGACCCCAAGUUCGAGUGCGGCUGGUGCAGCGGCGAGGCCAAGCUGAGCAGCUCCCCCGGCCGACCGCAGCCCUGGGCUGGCUUUGCUGGCGAUGCCACGGCCGCGUGCCUGCGACGCAGCGAGAUCCUGACGGUGUCAGGCCCCCCAGAAGGAGGGACGAGGGUGACCAUCCGUGGCGUGAACCUGGGCCUGGAUUUCUCCGAGAUCGCCCACGGGGUGCAGGUUGCUGGGGUGCAGUGCACACCCCUGCCCGAGCAGUACAUCGUCGCAGAACAGAUCGUCUGUGAAAUGGGGCAGGCGCUUCCAGGGAUCAGCUCCGGCCCAGUGCUCCUGUGCAUCGGAGAGUGCAAGCCGGAGUUCACGGCCAAGUCCACGCAGCAGUACAUGUUCGUGACUCCAGCCGUGAGUUUUCUGAAUCCCAGCCGCGGUCCAGAGUCGGGAGGGACGAUGGUGACCAUCUCCGGGCACUACCUGGGAGCCGGCAGCCGCGUGUCAGUGCUCCUGGGAAACCAGACCUGCGAAUUCUACGGGCGAUCCAUGAACGAGAUCGUCUGCGUGUCGGCCCCGUCGGCCCACGGCCUGGGGGCUGUUCACGUCUCCGUCAGCGUUGACCGGGCUCAGCUGGAGCGGACCUUGCUGUUUGAGUACAUCGAUGACCCGAAGGUGCAGCACAUCGAGCCCGAGUGGAGCAUCGCCAGCGGACACACGCCUCUGACUGUCACCGGCUCCAACCUGGACGUCAUCCAGGAGCCCAGGAUCCGCGUCAAGUACAACGGCAAGGAGUUUGUCAACGUCUGCAAGGUGGUGAACGCCACGGCACUGGCCUGCCUGGCCCCCCCCCUCACCCCCGAGUACCGGCCCGGCCUGGACGCCGUCGAGCGGCCCGACGAGUUUGGGUUCAUCUUUAACAACGUCCAGUCCCUGCUGGUCUACAAUGACACCAAGUUCAUAUACUAUCCCAACCCAACGUUUGAACUCCUGAGCCCGACCGGGGUGCUGGAGCAGAAGCCGGGGUCGCCCAUCAUCCUGAAGGGCAGAAACCUGUGCCCACCCGCUCCUGGAGGAGCAAAGCUCAACUACACUGUGCUGGUCGGAGAAACACCCUGUGCCGUCACCGUCUCCGAGACCCAGCUGCUGUGCGAGCCACCAAAUCUCACCGGACAGCACAAAGUGAUGGUGCGUGUCGGAGGUAUCGUCUUCUCCCCUGGCUCGGUGAGCAUCAUCUCAGACAGCCUCCUGACCCUGCCGGCCAUCGUCAGCAUCGCGGCCGGAGGCAGCCUGCUCCUCAUCAUCGUCAUCAUCGUCCUCAUCGCCUACAAGCGCAAGUCCCGAGAGAACGACCUGACCCUCAAGAGGCUGCAGAUGCAGAUGGACAACCUAGAGUCCCGGGUGGCCCUGGAGUGCAAGGAGGCUUUUGCAGAGCUGCAGACGGACAUCAAUGAAUUAACCAGCGACCUGGAUCGCUCCGGGAUCCCGUACCUCGACUAUCGGACGUAUGCCAUGAGGGUCCUUUUCCCUGGCAUCGAGGACCAUCCUGUCCUGCGGGAGCUGGAGGUCCAAGGGAACGGGCAGCAGAGCGUGGAGAAGGCCUUGAAGCUCUUCGCUCAGCUGAUCAACAACAAAGUCUUCCUGCUGCCCUUCAUCCGAACGCUGGAGCUGCAGCGCAGCUUCUCCAUGCGCGAUCGCGGCAACGUGGCCUCGCUCAUCAUGACGGGUCUGCAAGGCAAGCUGGAGUACGCCACCGACGUGCUGAAGCAGCUGCUCUCCGACCUCAUCGAGAAGAACCUGGAAAACAAGAACCACCCCAAGCUGCUCUUGCGCAGGACCGAGUCGGUGGCUGAGAAGAUGCUGACGAACUGGUUUGCCUUCCUCCUCCAUAAGUUCCUCAAGGAAUGUGCUGGAGAGCCGCUCUUCAUGCUCUACUGUGCCAUCAAGCAGCAGAUGGAGAAAGGUCCGAUUGAUGCCAUCACCGGAGAGGCCCGUUACUCCCUCAGUGAGGACAAGCUGAUCCGGCAGCAAAUUGAGUACAAGACUCUGAUCCUAAACUGCGUCAAUCCAGAUAACGAGAACAGUCCAGAGAUCCCUGUGAAGGUGCUGAACUGUGAUACCAUCACUCAGGUCAAAGAGAAGAUCCUCGAUGCAGUGUACAAAAACGUCCCGUAUUCUCAAAGACCGAGAGCUGUUGACAUGGACUUGGAGUGGCGGCAGGGCCGGAUAGCUCGUGUGGUCCUGCAGGAUGAAGACAUCACCACCAAGAUUGAAGGAGAUUGGAAGCGCUUGAACACCUUGAUGCAUUAUCAGGUAUCAGACCGCUCAGUUGUGGCCCUGGUUCCCAAACAGACCUCUUCCUACAAUAUUCCUGCCUCCGCCAGUAUAUCCCGGACGUCUAUUAGUAGAUACGACUCCACCUUCCGCUUCCCCGGCAGCCCCGACAGCCUGCGCUCCCGGGCCCCCAUGAUCACCCCCGACUUGGAGAGCGGCGUCAAGGUCUGGCACUUGGUGAAAAACCACGACCACGGAGACCAGAAGGAAGGAGACCGGGGCAGUAAGAUGGUGUCCGAAAUCUACCUGACCAGGCUGUUGGCUACAAAGGGUACGCUGCAGAAAUUUGUGGACGACUUGUUUGAGACGCUGUUCAGCACCGUGCACCGCGGCAGCGCGCUCCCGCUGGCCAUCAAGUACAUGUUCGAUUUCUUGGAUGAGCAGGCAGAUAAGCACGGCAUCCAUGACACGGAUGUGAGGCACACGUGGAAGAGCAACUGCCUCCCUCUCCGAUUCUGGGUGAACGUCAUCAAAAACCCCCAGUUCGUGUUUGAUAUCCACAAAGGCAGCAUCACGGACGCCUGCCUCUCUGUUGUGGCUCAGACCUUCAUGGACUCCUGCUCCACCUCGGAGCACCGCCUGGGCAAGGAUUCCCCCUCCAACAAGCUGCUGUACGCCAAGGACAUCCCCAGCUACAAGAGCUGGGUGGAGAGGUAUUACGCAGAUAUUGCCAAGCUCCCUGCCAUCAGCGACCAAGACAUGAACGCCUACCUCGCUGAGCAGUCGCGCCUGCACUCCGCCGAGUUCAACAUGCUGAGCGCGCUCAACGAGAUCUACUCCUAUGUCAGCAAGUACAGCGAAGAGCUCAUCGGGGCUUUGGAGCAGGAUGAGCAGGCACGUAGGCAGCGUCUGGCGUACAAAGUAGAGCAACUUAUUGGUGCCAUGUCUAUUGAGAGCUGAAGAAAGGUUGCGGUGCUCGUGGACGGCAAAGGGCAGAGGAUUGCACGGACUCUCGGGAAUUAAGAGGGAGAACAAGCAAGAAAGGCGCCGGACACAGAUCAAUACCAAGGCUCUUCUGGAGGGAGCAGAGCCUGGCCCAAGGACUGACUGUGCUCGGAAUCACAUAGGAUCCGGUUUGAAAAGGCAGGAAGAGAGAAAGACAAAGCAUCUCAAUCAAAGUCAAAUCAAGAUGGAUCACUUUU